AACAGCACCACUAUGUAUUAUAUAGUCGAACAUAAUUGAAGAAGCUUGAUGGAAACAUUAAUUUAAACUAAUAUCACUGGAAUUUAUGCCAACUGAAAAAAAAAAUAAAUAAUUUGAAGUACGAGUAUGAUAUGAUAUUCAAAGAGUCUUCUAAGAAAGAAAUGACCCUUUCGCCUAACGGCAAUAUGUGUUCUUCUAGUGCGUAUUUUCAAUUGGUCGUUUCAUGAAACACGGUUAAUCUUUCGCAUUUUGGCUUAUUUGUACUUGCCAUUAAACAAGAAAUAUUAAAAUAAAACAUAUGUCUCUUCUUAAAUUCAAAAACGACGGGUCGUAUCAUAUGGGCACUAACUUCAAUCGUUCAUCUGUGGCUAUUCACAAUCCUAGCUAUACUUGUUGAAUAUAUCGACUACUUAGUACAUGCGAAGUUAAGGAUACGUUUAGGUUCUCUAUUAUUCUAAGAACGUGCAAAAUGAUGAGCUCUAGUUCUUGGUUCAACGAAAAAUGGCUUAUAAUUGAAAAAGCAGAAAACUAAAAAUAAAUCUUCUUCCUACAAGAACAUGAACAUGAACAAUUCUCUCAAAAUAGUUGAAGACUUUUAAUCUAACCUUUUUAACUAUCAGAAAGAUAAAUUUUCUCGCUCUCUCUCUUUUUUUUUUUUUUAUUUUUUCUUACUUUAUGGAAAAGACGUUGCUUUGUUUAUUUAUGCGGUAUGUAAUGACUCUUAACUUCUUUGAGGUUUCUACCCAACGGGCUUUAUUUACCGAAAAUUCAGUUAUUUUCGACCUGAAUAAUCCUUCCUACAUUACCUUUAGCAUUUCACACUGUACCGUUAAUUUUUGGCAAUAAACAGUACGCCUAGUGCUCACUUCCUGCCUGUUUAUUUAUUGAUUUUUUUUUUUUAAGAAAAGUCCUUGUUAAGAACGUAAACUUGUUUUCAUACUUGUCAUUCUCGUUUAAAACGUCAUCCCAUAUUUGAAAAGCGUGCGGCAUUACGACAAGCUAUCUUAAAAAAGAUUGUACACAGUUUACAACCUGUUCGCAAUCGAUACAAUACUUUUCGAAAAACAAAACAGAAUCUUGAUUCCUAUAAAAAUUACUAGAUUCAGCGGAACUCUAACAAUUUGCUACUAUAGUAUCUUGCACCAGCGUUAUAUAUUCCCCCUUAUAUUUAUUUCACAGCCUACAUAAAAAGGUUUGUUCCUGGAUUUAUUCUUUCUGAUUGAAUUCAUGGCGACAAAAUUCUUUCGAAUUUCGCCAAAAGGCUCGAAGUUUCUCCCUCCUCGAGUGAACUCUGGUUCUAACCUUUGUUUGCAUCCUCGAGUCAUUUCAUCCUCACCUUGUCUAUCCCAAAAAAAUGUUCUCUUCAAGAAAAAUACAAGAAACUUUCAAGGGGCCUCGUUUUCGACUCUAUCGAGGUUUCCUGGUCAAAAGAACCCAAAUUACAAUUCCCGACAAUUUAGUUCUGAAAAAGGCGAAUCAGACAAUUUGGCCGAUUUGAGUCCUCGACGAAACUUUCCCAACAAAUACAAAGAAACCGAGUAUUUUGGUUAUAAGCCUAACGUGUUUACUGGGAAAGAAGAACAGAAACAAAAGGUCAUUAACUGCCUUCGAAACGAACGAAAAUCAAUUCCUGAUGAAUCCAUAGAAGAUGAGGUGUAUCGUUUUUAUGAUCACCUAUGCUUGGAUGACUAUUACUUCCAGAUGGAACCCAUGGAAAUGAUUGCAGAGCAUAUAGAAAUUAUCUACGCUGCUAAAGUUGCUGCUCGUGCAUCUCAUGCAAGGGAAGAACUUAACAUUCACGUAAAAAACGAAAAUGACGACUCCGCUAUUUAUAUGGAUAGUGCUCCUGUUACACAAAUGGAAUUGGAUAAAUCUCAUGAAAUAGAACAAUCUAUUUCUAAACGUUAUUUGGAUAAUCCAAAUGAUAAUGCCCUCUCAUUUCGACUUGAAUCAUUCACCUCUACUGCCAACAUUGACCGAGCUAGUACGGAAAACUCAAACAUCUCUACCUUUCUCGUGAACAAAUGUAAUUUCGUCGAGCCUCCUAAAGACUUAUCUUCGUCUCAGGAAAACCCAAAAAUCGCUUGGGUGUCAGACAAAACAUUUUUGGAAAAGGCCUCCGAGCAUACCAUCCAAACGUAUCAGAAUAUAAUGGACACUGUCUUAACUCGAUUUGGUCCCGCUGUCGGUGUUUUUGAACACCAACAACGUUCUGAAAUUCGGUUGGUCAUCGGUUAUCGUCGUGGAUCCAUUAUGAGGUUUUAUCCUUCUAUCUCGAACUUGCUCCGCUACUACGGGUUGUCUUCAUUUCGAACUUACAUUGAACAGUUUAGCAAUGGUGUCACAAUUAUUUGCUACAACUUCAAGUCUGACAAUUUCAAGGAUACUUCCACUUCUACCUCAGUUGAGGAGCUUUUCGGUCAAAUUACAAAGGAAAUUUCUCUGUUAUAUUGCAUGCCACACACUGAUAUUGAUUCUAUGUUUACGUCCUCUAAGUUAUCUAUCCAGGAGGUAGCUUACGCUCAUUGUGUCCGUGUGUUUUGUGAACAUGUAAUGAAUAAGCUUGGAAGCGAAUAUACAAGCUUGUCAGCUAUUCUUGAUCAUUCAAAUCAUCUUCACGUUGAAAUCCUUGACACUAUAAAGCGCCGCCUUUCAGUCCUUGCUUUCACUCGUACUAAAAUUCACGAUACUAUUGUUCAAUAUCCUCAGCUUGUGCGUAUGCUGUUUGAUCAAUUCUAUCUUCAACAUUCUAUUGGAACUGGAUCUUCGCCACGCCUCCAUCGUGCAAAAACUGUUUCAUCUGAAUCCCUGGAUCCUCAAGCUUUAGUUGAACUGCCCAACGAAAAACUCGUAGAGACGAUUCAAAAAACAUGCGUCAAUGAUGACGACGUAUCCAUUAUGGAAAUGUUUGUUAAAUUUAAUUCUCACUUGUUAAAAACAAACUUUUUCCUAACUACUAAAGUCGCUUUGAGUUUCCGAUUUGACCCUUCAUUUUUGGAUCAAGCACAGUUCAAAGAUCCCUUGUACGCUAUGAUCAUGUCUGUUGGUAAUGAAUUCAGGGGUUUCCAUUUACGCUUCAGAGAUGUUGCUCGUGGUGGAAUACGCCUGAUUAAAUCGGCAAAUACCGAGGCCCUUAAUCUAAAUGCUCGUGGACUAUUUGAUGAAAACUACAAUUUGGCUAAUACACAAAAGCUUAAGAACAAGGACAUACCAGAAGGAGGUGCCAAAGGUGUUAUUCUUCUAAAUUCCAAAUUUCAAGAUAAACCUGCUUUGGCUUUUCAAAAGUAUAUUGACAGUAUUAUCGAUUUGUUAAUUCCCAACGAACAGGAGAGAAUAGUGGACAAGUACGGUAAACAAGAAAUACUUUUUAUGGGACCUGACGAAAAUACUGCCGAAUUGGUAAAUUGGGCCACCAUUCACGCACGUAAUCGUAAAGCUCCUUGGUGGAAGUCUUUCUUCACAGGAAAAAGUCCUAGUAUGGGAGGUAUUCCACAUGAUAAAUUCGGCAUGACAUCUCUUUCAGUCCGUCGCUACGUGGAAGGCAUCUACAGAAAAUUAAACCUUGAUCCAACCAAGUUAAGCAAAAUUCAAACAGGAGGUCCGGAUGGUGAUCUGGGUUCUAAUGAAAUUAAGCUUUCCAACGAAAAUUACAUUGUCGUGAUUGAUGGAAGUGGUGUUCUUUACGAUCCUGCUGGUCUGGACAAAUCCGAACUUUUGCGUCUGGCAAACGAAAGAAAAAUGAUUGAUCACUUUGAUACAUCUAAGCUUAGUAAAGAAGGAUACAGAGUGUUAGUCAGAGACAACAACGUUAAACUUCCGAACGGCGAGGUUGUAAACAACGGAACUACUUUCAGAAACACAGCUCAUCUUCGUUACAAAGCAGAUGUUUUCGUUCCCUGUGGUGGUCGUCCAGGAGCUAUUAACAUUAACAAUGUUGAUCAACUGAUAAAUGAAAAUGGAAAACCUAAAAUCAAGUAUUUGGUGGAAGGUGCUAACCUCUUCGUCACUCAAGAUGCCAAGACUGUUUUAGAGAAAACUGGGGUUGUUGUGAUUCGUGAUGCGUCCGCGAAUAAAGGCGGUGUGACAUCCAGCUCUCUUGAAGUUUUAGCAUCUUUAUCUUUUGACGAUUCUUCUUUCAUAGAGAACAUGUGCGUGCGUGACGGAAUACAACCCGAGUUCUACAACGAAUACGUGAAUGAGCUGAAGGAAAUUAUUCAGAAGAAUGCCGAUAUGGAGUUUGAAUGUCUUUGGGAGAACCAUAAAAAGCAAAAGCUAACUUUCACUAGUUUGAGUAGUAAGCUUUCUGAAAUGAUUGUCAAGUUGGAUAAUGAGAUAUAUAACUAUGAUAAAUUGUGGGAUAACAAGUCAUUCCGAGAAUCCGUUAUUGCCAAAGCAAUCCCCAAGACUCUCCAGAGAAAGAUUGGCAUAGAACAUAUCAUUGAAAGAGUUCCUGAUGCGUACUUGCGUUCUAUUUUCUCAAAAUACUUGGCUAGUCAUUUCGUUUACCGUUAUGCAACCACAAGUGAUCCUUUCGCAUUCUUCGAUUUCAUUUCCAAUGAAUUAAUCAAAAUCGAUACGUAAACUAUAACCCUAACAACCUUAGAAUCAUUAAUACUAGCUAUAGUCCUGUUUUUGGUUUACUUUAAAGAAUAUAUUUCACCUUUAUUCUUACUAAAGAAUUAGAGAAAUG